AUGACUGUUCUUCCUGCCCUCCCCUCCCUCACCUCCCCCCUCCCCUUUCUCCCCACCCUGCCCUCUCUCCCCUAUCUCUCCUCUCCCUCCCCUCUCUCCACUCUCUCCCCUAUCUCCACUCUCUCCUCUACUCUCCCUCUUCUCCCUCCCCUCUCUCUCCUCUCCCUCCCCUCUCUCCCCUCUCUCCUCUUUCUCCUCUCUCUCCCCUUUCUCCAAUCCCCCUCUCUCUCCACUCUCUCUCCUCCCUCACCUCUCUCCCCUCUCUCGCUACUCUGUCCCCCUCCCUCCCCUCUCUUUCCUCUCUCUCUUCUCCGUCCCCCUCCCUCCCCUCUCUCUCUUUUCUCUCUGCUCUCCCUCCCCUCUCUCCCCUCUCUCCUCUUUCUCCUCUCUCUCCCCUUUCUCCAAUCCCCCUCUCUCUCCACUCUCUCUCCUCCCUCACCUCUCUCCCCUCUCUCGCUACUCUGUCCCCCUCCCUCCCCUCUCUUUCCUCUCUCUCUUCUCCGUCCCCCUCCCUCCCCUCUCUCUCUUUUCUCUCUGCUCUCCCUCCCCUCUCUCCUCUUUCUCCUCUCUCUCUCCAACCCCCCCCCCCUCUCUCUCCACUCUCUCCUCUCCCUCCCCUCCCUCUCCUCCCUCACCUCUCUCCCCUCUCUCCCCUCUCUCCCCUCUCUCUCCUCUCUCUCCUCUACUUCCUCCCCUCCCUUCCACCCUCUCCCCUCUCUCUCUCCUCUACUCCGUCCCCUCCCUCCCCUCUCCCCCCUCUCCCGUCCCUCCCUCCCCUCCCUCUCCCCUCUCUCUCCCCUCUCUCUCACAGUUAACCAGUGA